CGGAGCCGCUGCCGGUGCCGGUCCCGCCGGGCCGGUCUGUGCGGCGGCUGCCGGCGCUGCUGGGCGAGGUCAGGGAAAGUCCAUGUGAGGAGCGGCUGGAAUCACUUCCUGCCGCCGCCCGGCCCCGCCGCGUCAGGCCCAGGGCAGCCUCGGGGGCCGGCGCCCCGCAGAUGUGCCCUACUUUGGAUAUUCCUGCAUUGAAUGUCUGAGGAGCUCCGGCCGAUCCUGAGCCAUGUCGCAGAUGUUGCACAUAGAGAUUCCCAACUGCGGGAACACCGUUCUGGGCUGCCUGAACGAGCAGCGCCUGCUGGGGCUCUACUGCGAUGUCUCCAUCGUGGUGAAGGGCCAAGCCUUCAAGGCUCACCGGGCGGUGCUGGCCGCCAGCAGCCUCUACUUCCGAGACUUGUUCAGUGGGAACAGCAAAAACGCCUUCGAGCUGCCGGGCACCGUCCCCCCUGCCUGCUUCCAGCAGAUCCUCUCCUUCUGCUACACCGGCAAGCUGACCAUGGCUGCGAGCGAGCAGCUGGUGGUGAUGUACACGGCGGGCUUCCUGCAGAUCCAGCACAUCGUGGAGAAAGGCACGGACUUGAUGUUCAAGGUCAGCUCCCCGCACUGUGACUCUCAGACCACCAUGAUCGAAGACCCCAGCUCGGAGCCGCAGAGCCCCUGCAACCAGCUGCAGUCGGCCUCGGCGCCCUACGUCAUGUCCCCCUCCAUGCCCAUCCCGCGCCUCACGCGCGUCAAACACGAGAACCUGGAGCUGCAGGCCCUGCCCGGCCUGCCCGGCAAGCGGCCCCUGGAGCCUGGAGCUCGGGACGGGCCCGGCGGCGGCGGCGGCGCCAGCGCGGGGCCGCUGAAGCUGUCACGCGUCUCCUACUACGGGGUCCCCAACCUGGCCACGCUGCUGCCCAACGUGCAGCAGGUGCAGUACUCACAGGGGGAACGCACCAGCCCCGGCGCCAGCAGCAUCCCCACCACCGACAGCCCCACCUCCUACCACAACGAGGAGGAUGAGGAGGAUGACGAGGCCUACGACACCAUGGUGGAGGAGCAGUACGGGCAGAUGUACAUCAAGUCCUCGGGAGGUUACUCUGUUGCCCAGGAGAAGGCAGAGCAGAUCCCUCUGGAGAACCGCUCCUGUGUGCUGAUCCGGCGCGACCUGGUGGCCCUCCCUGCCAGCCUCAUCAGCCAGAUCGGCUACCGCUGCCACCCAAAGCUCUACUCCGAGGGGGACCCUGGCGAGAAACUCGAGCUUGUUGCAGGCUCAGGUGUUUACAUCACCCGGGGGCAGCUGAUGAAUUGCCAUUUAUGUGCUGGUGUCAAACACAAGGUCCUGCUCAGACGUCUCCUGGCCACCUUCUUCGAUCGGAACACUCUUGCCAACAGCUGUGGAACUGGAAUCAGGUCCUCCACGAGCGAUCCCAGCAGGAAGCCCUUGGACAGCAGGGUCCUCAAUGCAGUCAAAUUGUACUGUCAGAACUUUGCCCCGAGCUUUAAGGAGAGCGAGAUGAACGUGAUCGCGGCCGACAUGUGCACCAACGCGCGGCGCGUGCGCAAGCGCUGGCUGCCCAAGAUCAAGUCCAUGCUGCCCGAGGGGAUGGAGAUGUACCGCAGCGUCAUGGGCUCCUCCACAAACACUGUCCCCCUGGAGCCCGACUUCCAGCCCGGCGCGGCCCAGCCCUUCGAGCAGCGCAUCUAUGCAGAGAGGAGGAGCGAGGCGGGGACUAUCGUAGCCCUGAGAACUAGCACGGUGAACGUGGAGCUCAGCAACGGAUCCAGCCAGUCCUUCGAGCAGGGCGAGGACGCCGAGGGCGCCGGCUCCGUCAUCCAGGAGGCAGCUGCCACGGAGGCUGUGGCGUCAGAAACCCAAAGCACCCCCCAACCCUUCGAGCAGGGCUCGGGCUCCUCCAGCCGGCCCGAGACCCCCGUGAGGAGACAGGAUGGUACUUAUGGAGGGACUUUAUAAAGAGAGCAAACAUUUCAUCACCUAUAAGGGAUCUGUAAUACUAAAGCUGCUUGCAUGCAUUACUAAUACGAAACAAAAAAAAAAAAAUGUGAUCAAGCCACUUACCUACUGAACU